AGAAAAAUGGUCGAAGAUGACCAAAAGAUUAUUGAGGAGACAACGGUAAUUGAUGAUCACAAGAUUGGUUACUGCAAGUAUGGCCGAGGGCCAAACCCCGUGCUUUGCAUUUGCGGUGCUGUUGGAUGUUACAAAAAAGACUGGCCGAGCUCGAUACUACAACAUUUCGAUGCUGAUUUGGUAACGCUGGUAUGCAUAGAUCCUCCAGGCUACGGCACAUCUCGUCCUCCUGACCGAUUACAGGAGGUGAACAGAUGCAUGAAAGACGCUGGCUUUUGUCUAAAACUGAUGGAGCAGCUCAACCUCGUUCCCUUUACUGUGAUGGGAUGGUCCGAAGGCUCGCGAACAGCUAUUCACGUGGCAGGCCAAGGAGGAAAAGAGAAGGUCAACAAGUUGAUCUUGCUUGCAGCAGGUUCAAGAGUAAGCAAGCUAGGAGCAAUGGCUUUUGCAGGUAUGAAGAACACAGACCAUUGGUUGCCUUCAGCUCGAGCGCCAUAUCUGUCACAUUACAGCAUGGACUUCCUUAGACAGCAAUGGGCGGAUCUCUGCGACGUCGUGCAGAAAGUCUACGACUUUUGUGGUGGACGCUUUCCCUGUGACUAUGUGCUGCCAAAAGUGACCGUUCCGUGUCUCAUCAUGAAUGGAGGGCAGGAUCGCUUCUGUGCCGACCCGAAAGUAUGCUUCUUGACCGUGCUAAAAAACGUGAGGUUAGAAGUGCACGCUCAAGGAGGACACGAUUUCUAUAUGAAGUACCCAAAAUGGUUCACCGACAAAGUUCAGACAUUUCUCAAGGAAAAAUGAUCAUUUUUUUUCAUUUUUAGCCUCCCAUUCUAUGACAUCGAUGUUUGUUCUUGUCAACAAGGAUUUCUCGUUCGAAGUUUUCAAAUAUUCUUGCUUAUCCGAUUUUGUGGUACCAUUCAAGC